ACAUUUAACCUGCCAUUUUCUCUCUUUUCUUCUUCACUUCUCAAAUCUUAAAACAAAAUGGAGAAGCUGCCGGCUGCAAAACACGAAAAAAGGUCACAAAAAUCCAGCAAGAAAAAACCAGUUAAAGUCGUUUACAUCUCAAACCCUAUGAAGAUCAAGGCCACCCCAUCUGAAUUCCGCGCCGUGGUGCAACAACUCACCGGCCAGUAUGCCACCUCCCCUCCACUCGAAGAACUCACCGGAGUUCCAAACGAAGAAGCAGGUUUUGCCGGAGGUGGCGGCCAUGAUUUCCGGCACCAUCAAGAAAAGUGGCAACGCAAAGGUACCACUAUGGAUGCACGAUUUACUACUGGAUCGGAUCUUUCUUAUGAAUACGGUUGCAGAGAAGAUCAAGUUAUGGAUGAUUUGAUGACUCCACAGAUGCUUCAAAAUUACUCCCCAUCGUUGCCUUCUGACUUUGAGUCUUCAUAAUUAGGGCACCAUGUUCCCUCCCCAGAUGACAGUCUUGAUCGUGUAUUGUGUAGUAAAUAAUCAAUGACGUAUAAAAUGGAUUUGUAGGUAAUAUUUAUUUUACCUCUCGGGUAAUUCAGAGGUCGAUAAAUGUUACCGACAAACCGAUCAUCGAUUCACAGCACGGUUAUAUCUAUCCGAUGGUAAUGUAUUCAUUUUUUUAUC